AUGGCUGCUGGCCUAGAACAUAAGCCGAGCAUGGCGGCGUCCAUGGCCGCCUCGGUCGCCACGCAGGACACCACCUACCACAGCUUCUACGACGUCGAGAUGUCCAACACCCCGCCGCCGCAGAAGCACAAGACGCCCGAGCCCAUCGUGCGCAACGUCUCAACCCGCAGCAACGCCACGGCCCGUCGCCACUCUCACGACCGUCCCACGACCGCCGGCCAGAUCAAGCGGCAGGACUCGGGCUACGGCUCCAGCUCCGUCUCCUCGCCCCGGCCGUCCACCUCGUACUCGCGUCCUGCCGCCCCCCGACGCUCGUCCACCACCAACGCGCACACCUCCUCCUCCAAGACGAGCUCCGGCCUCAGCGUCCUGCGCAACCGCACCCGUCCCUCCACCCGCCGCUCCUCCAGCAAGUCCUACCACCUGCACAACACCAAUAACACCUCCUCGUCCCUGUACCUCGUCCGCCCCGGCCACACCCAGCAGCAGAGCCCCAACCAGUCCCUGGCCGCCUCGCCCAACACCUUCUUCCACUUCCCGAGCCCCAACCCCAUGGCAGCGCUGGCGCCUCCUCCUCCACCCCGGGAACCGACGCCCGCGCCCUCCAUCCCUCCCCAGGCGCAGCACUACUGGACCAGCGACCGCACCCGCCGCCUCGAGUACGCCGCCAUCGACGCCGCCAGCCGCGGCGUCAAAGGCUGGAUCAAGCGCAACCUCAUCCCCGACUGCUUCGUCGCCGAGGACCGGCACGUCGCCUUCGACGACGACUCGGGCAGCGUCCGCCGCUACCGGCUCGAGCUCGAGGAGGAGGCCCCGGACGAGAAGGCCAAGCCGUGCCGCCGCAGCGCGUCGUGGCACUUCUGGAGGAGCAAGGAGCAUCAGCAUUCUUAUUAA